AUGGCCAAUCGGAGUCACCCUUCUGAAUUCCUUCUCCUGGGCUUCUCCUCCUUCGGGGAGCUUCAGGUCCUGCUUUAUGGACCCUUCCUCCUGCUCUAUCUUCUCUCCUUCAUGGGCAAUGUUGUCAUCAUCCUCAUGGUCACAGCCAGCUCACACCUACACACCCCUAUGUGCUUCUUCCUGGGCAACUUCUCCCUGCUAGAGAUCUUGGUGACCAUGACCGCUGUGCCCAGGAUGCUGUCAGACCUCCUGCUCCCAGUUAAGGCCAUCUCCUUCUCUGGCUGCAUGGUCCAAUUCUACUUCUACUUCUCCCUGGGCUCCACCUCCUUCCUCAUCCUGGCUGACAUGGCCUUGGACCGCUUCAUGGCUAUCUGCCACCCUCUGCGCUAUGGCACCCUGAUGAGCUGGGCUGUGUGUGGCCAGCUGGCAGGGGCUGCCUGGGCCAUCCCCUUCCUUGCCAUGGUGCCCACCGUCCUCUCCCGGAUCUCCCUGGACUAUUGCCAUGGCAACAUCAUCAACCACUUCUUCUGUGACAACGCGCCCCUGCUGCAGCUGACCUGCUCUGACACGCGCUUGCUGGAGGCCUGGGACUUCUUCAUGGCCUUGGCCUUCGUGCUCAGCUCCUUCCUGGUGAACCUCAUCUCCUACGGCUACAUCGUGGCCACCGUAGUCAGGAUGCCGUCUGCCAGCAGCCGCCGCAAGGCCUUCUCCACCUGUGGGUCGCACCUGAUGCUGGUUUUCUUGGGCUACAGCAGCACCAUCUUCUUAUACGUCCAGCCAGGCAAGGCACACUCGGUAGAUGUCAACAAGACUGUGGCCUUGGUCACAGCCAUCCUCACCCCCUUCCUCAACCCCUUUAUCUUUACACUCCGCAAUGAGACGGUCCAGGCUGUGCUCCGGGGACACAUGCAGAGACUCAAAGGCCUCCGCAGAAAUUAUGAUGAGUCCGAGGGGGUGGGCCACGCCCGGCCCAGCAGCACUGGAAGGAGAUAG